AUGGAAGACCUAAAAAGAGCCAAAGAACUUCUCAAAACUGACCCGGAGUCUGGGAUUUCGCUGCUAAGAACUCUUAUUCAUACUGAGCUUCCUGAAGAAGAAAAUGCUAGGGUUAAAGAAGCUGCAGUUCUUGCAUUAGGAGAAGUCCUGGCAAAACAGCACCGAGCUAGCGAUCUUGCCUAUCUUGUUGAAGAAAUCCGCCCAUUAUUCAAUGCAUUUCCUAAGGCAAAAACAGCCAAAAUUGUCCGAUCACUUAUAGACUAUUCUUCACUGAUCCCAGACUCUUUGGCUUUGCAGAUAAAGCUUUGUGAAGACUCCAUUGCAUGGUGUAAUGAAGAAAAGCGCGCGUUUUUAAGACAAAGGCUAGAGACCAAGCUUGCCCAGCUUUAUCUUGAUAGUAACAGAUAUAAGGAAGCUUUAGAUUCUUUGAGCGUCUUAUUAAAAGAGGUAAAAAAGCUUGAUGAUAAGCUGCAGCUAGUAGAAAUCCAGCUAAUAGAAAGCAAAGUUUAUCAUAAGCUAGAAAACGUCCCAAGGGCUAAAGCUGCUUUGACGUCAUCUAGGUCUUGUGCAAACUCGAUAUAUUGCCCACCAAUUUUGCAAGCAGAAAUAGACUUAAUGUCAGGAAUUUUAAACUGUGAAGAAAAAGACUAUAGGACUGGUUUUUCUUAUUUUUAUGAAGCCCAUGAAGGGUUUAUAUAUAAAAUUACAAAUUUUUUUUUUAAAAAAAUUUGUUAGAAUUUUUGUUAAGUUCCUAAAGGGUUUAAUAGUGUAGAAGAUCCAAGGGCCUUGCAAGCAUUAAAAUAUAUGUUGAUGUCAAAAAUUAUGUGCAAUAAGCCAGAAGAUGCAUAUGCCCUUAUAAAUACCAAAGGAGGGAUUAAAUAUACUGGCAGAGAAAUCGACGCUAUGAAAGCUGUAGCCCACGCCCACGAAAUUCGCAGCCUUCACGAGUUCCAAGCUAUUUUACAGAGCUACAGAGAUGAGUUGGAAGGGGAUAGUGUGGUAAAUAGACACAUACAAGCUUUAUAUGACACAAUGCUUGAGCAGCAUUUGAUUAGGAUUAUAGAGCCAUUUAGCAAGGUAGAGUUAAGCCAUAUUGCAGAGCUGAUUGGGCUGCCUGAAGAUUCAGUCACAGACAAGCUUUCUCAGAUGAUUUUGGAUAAGAAGUUUGAAGGGACAUUAGACCAAGGCAUUGGAUGCUUAAUUGUUUAUGAUGACCCACCUACUUCAAAGCUAUAUGAUACUUCAUUGAAAUUCUUGGAUACUUUGAAUUUAGUAGUGGAUUCGCUGUUUGAGAAAGCAACCCAGGCUAAAGCUUAA